GAGAGAGAGAGAGAGAGAGAGAGAGAGAGAGAGGGGAAAAUAAAAGAUUAGAAAAGGAAAAGGAGAAAAAAAGUUCCAAAUCAAAGACAAACCAAACCAGCGUUCAUACAUCAACCAUAUAAGUGCAAGGCUUUCUCACAAAAGGAAGGCCUCUGAAGUGUGAAGAGAGAAUUGAACUAUUCAAGGAAGAUGGGUUUAUGGAAGCAGCUUGUAGAAGACAAGAAUUUGUGCUUCCAAUCUCCUACUUUUAUUGAAUGGCUGAAACCAUCAUCUUCGCCUUCCUCGUCAUCGCUUUCUUCAUCUUCGUAUUCGUCGUGGUCUGAUCUGACUCCUGAUGAAGAUCUGGCUGGGGAGACUAUGCAAUGCUUGCCUCUUUUAAGCAGGUUUAGUGCUGAGACAAAGCCUUUGAAAGUGGAAGAUACUGGAGCGCAAAGGGAGGAGGAGGGCGGUUUUGGAAUAAAAAAAGAAGAGCACAUAGCUGAGAAAGUUACAGUGGCCUUGCACAUUGGAUUGCCAAAUACAAGUGGUUCUGUGGAUCAGGAAUAUGAGAAGAAAGUUGAUGAUCAUGAUGAUCUCAAGGAACAACAACAACAACAAGCCGCUAAGAAAAGCUUUCAAUUAUAUGGUUCUUCCUCUACUUUUAACAUGGAUAGCAGGUUUUGGAUCCCCACGCCCGCACAGAUUCUUGUUGGACCAAUGCAGUUUGCUUGCUCCAUAUGCAGUAAGACAUUCAAUAGGUACAAUAACAUGCAGAUGCAUAUGUGGGGCCAUGGAUCUGAAUAUAGAAAGGGACCAGAUUCACUGAGAGGAACACAACCAGCAGCAAUGCUGAGGCUACCAUGCUAUUGCUGUGCACAAGGAUGCAAGAACAACAUAAAUCAUCCACGUGCCAAGCCACUGAAAGACUUCAGAACUCUCCAAACCCACUACAAAAGAAAGCAUGGAGUAAAGCCUUUUAUGUGUAGAAAAUGUGGGAAGACGUUCGCGGUGAAAGGAGACUGGAGAACACAUGAAAAGAAUUGUGGGAAGCUCUGGUAUUGUACUUGUGGAUCGGAUUUCAAACACAAGAGAUCUCUCAAGGACCAUAUUAGGUCCUUUGGAAAGGGCCAUUCUCCGCACCCUUCUCUUGAUGGCUUUGAAGAUGAAAAGGAAUGCGUAACCACCGGUACUUCAGAUGAGGAUGAAUUUGCUCGCCCAUAGCUUUAUAUAUUGAUUAAGAUGAUAAUGAUGAUGAUGAUGAUCAUGAUGAUCAUCUUCAUCAUAUAUAUAUAUAUACAUCUAUUAUCCAAUUAUUCCAAUUAAUUAAGCUUGUGCUCGGCAACAAACAAUUCUCAACAUGCGCACAGAGGGAGCGGUUUGCUUCGGAGCACUUUGCUGCCAAAAUUGGAAGAAUUAAUUAUUUAUUAGAUCAACUUUUUGCGUAUUCUAGCUAGGCUAUCCCCCAGUCUGUGUAAUGGUGUAUGUUUCCUAGAUAAUAAUAAGCUCAUGAUUACCCAAAGGCGAUGAAGCUCAUUAAUUUUCUUCUUCUAUAGUUAGCAAUUAAUAUUGCUGCAGAGGUGAAAAUUUGUCUGCUUCAUUGCCAAAUGCAAGAUGCAGGUAAUCCCUAAGUACUGAUGAUGAGGAUAUUAUAUAUAUAUAUAUAUAUAUAUGUAUUAAAUCUUCUUGUUAUA